GUGAAAGAGAUGUGCAAGCCGGACUCUAACCCGGAAGUUGUAGUUGAAGGAAGAAAAUGUUCGGUGUGGUUAAAAUCUCAAAAGGUGGAGGAAGCAAGGAAACAUGUACAAAGUUCAGCAGAACGUGCGGGGAGCGAAGGCGCAGCAAUAAGAAGUGAUGCUCAAGGGGUACAAGUCGAACACCCUGCUGGUGAAAUUCCACAUCGAGACUCUGACAGCAGCGACCACAAUGAUGGUACAUUAAGGUCCCCAGUGGACUCAUCAGCGCCUCAGGGUUCAUCUGGGAAUUCUUCUCAUUCUCACACCACCAUUACUGCCGCACAAGAAGUCUCUGCUUCCAGCGUAGAAACACCA